AUGCUUGAACAUUUUUCGAAACGUAAUGCGUACCUCAUAGUAUCGCUUGUCUCCGCUUAUUUCUUCCUUUUCGGCGGUACUCAAGACGCAUUCGAACACGCUGCGUUUGCAACUCGUAUGUUCAGCGAAAAGUUCCCAGUGGCCUACGAUGCAAUUCUCACCGUGAUGGGGCUAUAUGUCGUCUGGAGAUCUUUUAAAGCCGUUUUCUGGUUUUGGUAUCGUCUUGUUGUCACUACCCUUAAAGUUACACUUGGGUUUUCUCUAGUGCUUAUCGUCUUCACAGUCUACUUGCGAGGUAUGGAGAGGUUUUUCUCGAAAGAUUUGCCGCUUGUUUACCAGAUGUGUUGGACGAACCGUGCCCUAUUUACUGAAAAAAUUGUUGGUGGUAUUACUUCGUUGUCAAGUAUACUUACUAGAUUGAUCUUGGACAACCCCAGUUUCAGUUCUCCACAUGAAUGGACAAAUAAAAACUCUGGCCAAUUCAAAUUCAUGGAAGCUCAAUAUGAGCAAUUCAAGAGGCCAGCCAAGCAAUUUGUGUUCGAACAGUAUCACAAAUUGAAGGAGAAUGUGCAAUCCGAAUGGGCUAAAGGGUCAAACACAGGUGCAUUCAAACAAUUUUUUGAAAAGUUGUGA